AGGGCGGCCUGGUGCGUGCCAGCCGCGGUCUCCCCGCACUUCUUCGGGCCGCGCAAGGCCUGCAUCGUGGCGGGAGAGGCCGUCGGGCUCCUCCUCACCUCCUGGGGCUUGCCCAAGAUGCCCGCCACCGCCGCGCACAGCUUGGUGGGCAGGUCGCGGGGCAGCUGUGCAGCCGGAAGGCUCGUCUCCAGCUCUGCGAAGGGCAUCUCGGUCCUGGAGGGCGCGCCGCAGCCGCUGUACCGGGCCGCUGCAGGCCGAGGGUUCCGGUGCCGCCCCGCCCCGCCCCCUGGCACUAGCCUCGGCAUUGGCUGCGCCGGGAGGCUCGCCUCUCCGGCCCGGUCCACUUCGCUCUCGCCGUGAGAGGGCGGGAGAGAGGCUGGCGCUGGCAGUCCCCAGCCGGCUGCUUCUUUCCCCUCCUUCUCCUGCCGGCUCGGGGUGUCCUGGUCCAGGGACGAGGCAGAGAGCGCCUCCGCCGGCGGCAUCAAGAAGCCUCCCCUUCUCCCGCUCUUCCCAGCACGGCUGGACAGGGCGAAAGCAACGGAACCGCAAAACGGGGCCGGGAGCAUCAAUGCCCGGCUGGCCGCCCUGCCUGACUUCCAGGCCAGGGCGCUCUUGCUCCCUGCUGGGCUGGUUUUCCCCGCCCGUCUGCCCCUCCAAGCCCUUCAGCAGCCUCCCUCAGGUCCUGCCGCGCUGGCGAGCCGCUUAGGCUGGCACCAGAUCACCUAAGAAAGUGGAAACCUACAAGGGGCGCCGCCGCCUCAGGCCAAGGAGGCCCCGUCUCGUCCAGCGGCUCAGUGGCCGGCCAGAUGCCCGCUUUGGGACACUGCCACAAGCAGGACCGGAGCGCGAGAGCAUCGCCCUCCCAGGUUUCCAGCAGCCGGCGUCAGAAGCACUGUGUCCUCAACCGCUUGCGGGAGCAGCCUCCUCUUCCUCCAUCUCCAUGCAUUUGUCCGGCCCGCCCGCCUGAUUCGUGAGUGAAGUGAGCCUGCAGAGGUAGCAAAUGACAACACUUGAGUCUCUCCAAAGAUGAUCAGGAUUGCAGCACUGAAUGCCAGUUCCACUGUCGAAGAUGACCAUGAAGGGACCUUUAAAAGCCACAAAACACAGACAAAAGAGGCACAAGAAGCAGAAGCAUUUGCCUUGUAUCAUAAAGCUCUGGACCUUCAGAAGCAUGACCGCUUUGAAGAAUCUGCCAAAGCUUACCAUGGACUACUUGAAACUCGCCUCCUGCGAGAGGCAAUUCCAUCUGGUGAUGAAAGAGAGGGAUUAAAACAUCCAGGCUUGAUGCUAAAAUAUUCGACUUACAAAAACCUGGCUCAGCUUGCAGCACAGCGAGAUCACUUUGAAACAGCCAUGGAGUUCUACCUAGAGGCUGUAAUGCUGGACUCGACUGACGUCAACCUGUGGUAUAAAAUUGGUCACGUGGCCCUGAGGCUUAUGCGUCUGCCUCUGGCGCGGCACGCUUUUGAAGAAGGACUCGCAUGUAAUCCGGAUCAUUGGCCUUGUUUAGAUAAUCUCAUUACUGUUCUCUACACACUCAGUGACUACACAACCUGCUUGUAUUUCAUCUGCAAAGCCCUGGAGAGAGAUUGCCGGUACAGCAAAGGGCUAGUCAUUAAGGAGAAGAUCUUUGAGGAGCAGCCGUGCCUCAGGAAGGACUCGCUAAGGAUGUUCCUUAAAGGAGACUUGUCAAUCCAUGAUGUCAGUGUGAGUCCGUCUGAGACCAGAACAAUCCUUGAGGAAGCUCUGGAGUUGCGCAGGAAAAGACAGGCUCUGUUGGCGCGGAAAAGUGAGCCAGAUCUGAAGCUUGUCCAGCCAAUUCCUCUUUUCACGUGGAAGUGUCUUGGGGAGAGUUUAUUGGCCAUGUAUCAACAUCUGACAACUUGUGAGCUGCCUCGGCCCAGCCUGGGCAAGAGAAUUGACCUGUUGGAGUACCAAGAUCUGGAUCAGCACUUGGAUGCCCUUGCAACUUCCGCCCCCAUCAGUGUUAUCCAGCCCAGCCCUGUCAGUACCAACCCCCUGGUGCCUGUGACUGAGCCACUCGUAAUAUACACACCAGUGACACCCAACUUUCCCAGUCCAAAUAUUCUGGAAUCAGUAAUACCUGCAGGCGAUGCCUCUGUGGGUGACAAAUCAAAGAAAGGGGUGAAGCGUAAGAAGGUUGCUGAAGACAGUGGUGAGACGGCAAAGAGGCGAUCGGCUCGUGUGCGGAACACCAAGUGUAAAAAGGAAGAGAAGGUUGAUUUCCAGGAGCUGCUGGUGAAAUUUCUUCCAUCACGCCUGAGGAAACUUGAUCCAGAAGAAGACGAUGGCCCUUUCAGCAGCUAUGAGGUCCCAUCUGAGGCCAAGGAGGAGGAUUUCCACCAUGUGGGCUCACAUCGCACGCUGUGUGACUCAACAAUAUGCAUGGAGUCUGAGAAGCAGGAUGUUCACAACUUCCUCUUGGCUAACCUGAACAACGGGGGCAUCCUUGAGCUGAUGAUGAGGUAUCUGAAAGCGAUCAGCCUGAAGUUCCUCGUGAAAUGGCCACCGGGCUUGUCUGAGGUGGUGUUGAGCCUCUACAACAGCUGGAGGAAGCACAGCAGUAGCCUGCCCAACCCCUUGCUGAGGGACUGCCGCAACCAGCACAUCCGCGACAUGAUGCUGAUGAGCCUGUCCUGCAUGGAGCUGCAGCUUGACCAGUGGCUGCUGACCAAAGGGAAGAGCUCAAUGGUGUCUCCCCGGAAUGGCCCUGCGGCCAGCUCUGUGAACGGCAAGUUUGGCCCUGAUUUCCCUGGCAGCCACUUCUUGGGGGAUCUGCUGCAGCUUUCGUUUGCAUCUUCCCAGCGAGACCUUUUUGAGGAGGGGUGGCUGGAAUUUGUGGUUCGGGUGUAUUGGCUGAAAGCGCGGUUUCUGGCCCUGCAGGGCGACAUGGAGCAGGCUUUGGAGAACUAUGACGUCUGCACGGAGAUGCUCCAGAGCUCUGCUGCAGUGCAAGCCAAAGCUGGCAACGAGGAGAGCAUUGUGAUCAGAUUGCCAAAUCUCCAUGUGGACUCUGUGGUUUCUUUGGAAGAGAUCGAGAAGAACCUCAAGUCCCUGGAGAGAUGCCAGUCCUUGGAGGAGAUCCAGCGCCUGUAUGAGGCCGGAGAUUACGAAGCCGUGGUGCGCCUGCUUCGGCCCACGUUGAGCUUCAGUGGAUUCAGCCGGACGAAACACCUGGAAUUUGUGAUCUCCAUACCGGAGAGGCCAGCCCAGCUUCUCCUGCUCCAGGAUUCCCUGCUCAAACUGAAGGACUACAGGCAAUGUUUUGAGUGCUCAGAAGUUGCCUUGAAUGAAGCCUUUCAGCAGAUGAUAAAUAUGACAGAAGCUUCUGCAAAGGAAGAGUGGGUGGCCACUGUCACACAGCUCCUAGUGGGGAUCGAUGGCGCCCUCUCCUCGGACAGCAGUAGCCUGGAUGAACCAUCGGCAACACAGAGCCUCAUCCGAUUGACCAACAACCUCAUCCAGAUCAUAGAUUGCAGCAUGGCAGUCCAGGAGGAGCCCAAAGAGCCUUUUGUGUCUUCUGUCCUUCCUUGGAUUAUUCUCCACAGGGUCAUUCAGCAUGAAGAAGACAACUUCCGGUCCCUCUGCUGCCAACAGGAGGAGCAGCUGCAGGGCCAAAAUGAGGAAGUGACUCCAACUCUGGACACCCCCAUGCUGCCCUCUUCCCUUAUGCUGCUGAAUACGGCUCAUGAAUACCUUGGGAGGAGAUCAUGGUGCUGUAACUCGGAGGGAGCCCUUCUCAAAUUCUAUGUGCGGGUACUACAAAGAGAGCUUUUGGCCUCUACUUCUGAAGACACCCAUCCUUACAAAGAGGAGCUGGAAACUGCUCUGGAGCAAUGCUUUUAUUGCCUGUAUAGUUUCCCGAGCAAAAAGAGUAAAGCACGGUACCUGGAGGAACAUUCCACACAGCAGGUGGAUCUGAUGUGGGAAGAUGCCUUAUUCAUGUUUGAGUAUUUUAAGCCCAAGACUCUUCCAGAAUUUGAUAGCUACAAAACCAGCACAGUGUCUGCUGACCUGGCCAACCUACUAAAGAAGAUGGCGACCAUUGUCCCUCGAACAGACAAGCCGAUGCUGAGACUGGAUGAAGUGUCUAGCUACAUUGAAGGGCCUUUGAGCAAGGUGCCAGCUCUCCCUGAGGGUGCAGACUACUUCCCUCCAGUUGUGACAGAGCUAUACUACCUCCUAGCAGAUUACCACUUCAAGAACAAGGAGCAGUCCAAGGCUAUCAAGUUCUACAUGCACGACAUCUGCAUCUGUCCGAACAGGUUUGACUCUUGGGCUGGCAUGGCGUUGGCUCGGGCCAGUCGGAUCCAAGACAAACUGAACUCCAAUGAGCUGAAGAGUGACGGCCUCAUUUGGAAGCAUGCCACACCAGUUCUGAACUGCUUCAAAAGAGCCCUGGAGAUCGAUGGCUCCAACCUCUCUCUCUGGAUCGAGUAUGGCACCAUGUCGUAUGCCUUGCACUCCUUUGCAUCCAGGCAGUUGAAGCAGUGGAAGUUGGAACUGCCCCCUGAGGUGGUGCAGCAGAUGGAGGAGCGACGCAAUGGCAUGUUGGAGACGGCCAAGCACUGCUUCGCUUCAGCUUCUCACUGUGAGGGUGACGGGGAUGAAGAGGAGUGGCUGAUCCACUACAUGCUGGGAAAGAUUGCUGAGAAGCAGAAGCAGCCUCCUGCCAUCUAUCUUCUCCAUUACAAGCAAGCAGGUCACUUUCUGCACGAGGAAGCUGCCCGGUAUCCCAAGAAGAUCCACUAUCAUAACCCACCAGAGCUGGCAAUGGAGGCCCUGGAGGUAUAUUUCCGGCUACACGCCUCUAUUCUGAAGCUUGUGGGGAAGCCCAACUCCGGGGUGGAUGCAGAGUUGCUUCUCACUUUUAUGAAGGAAGCUGCUGAGGGGCCUUUUGCCAGGGGGGAUGAAAAGAAUACGCCCAAAAUCACUGAAAAAGAAAAGCUUUGCAUGGCGGAUGACGACUCGCACUCUUCUGCCGGGACUGUGCCAGGCCCAGGGACUUCCCUUCCCUCCUCCUCCGGUCCAGGUCUGACAUCCCCACCCUACACAGCCACUCCAGUUGACCACGAUUACGUCAAAUGUAAAAAAAGCCGUCAGCAGGCAACACCGGAUGACAGGAGUCAGGAUAGCACGGCAGUGGUGCUUUCUGAUUCCAACUCCACACAAGACAUGUUCACUGAGCUUGCCAGCUCUCAAGACAGUGCGAAGAAGCCUUUUCCAGAGAGGAGGCCCUGUGUGCCUUGCUCAGAAGCUGCUGCCACGACCACUCCUGGCAAAGAGGCACCUGGACCUGCUGAGGAAGGGGGGAAGCUGGAGGAGCCCUUGGAGAACUGUGAGUCCUGCCAUGCAGCUGAGCCGAAGCCGGAUCCUCAGAUUCCACCUGGAGUCCCCUCCAAAGCCUCUGCUUCCUCCCUCUCCCAGGGGGAUGCCAAAAGGCGGCCUGGGCCCAGCACAGAGCAGUUUCCCCAGAGCCUCCCGGCGGACCUUGAGGAGCAGCGUAAGGUCCUGACGGAGCACUGCAUCGCCGCCUUCCGCCUCUGCCUCAGCCGCUUCCCUCAGCACUACAAGAGCCUCUACCGGUUGGCCUACCUCUACGCCUACAGCACAACCCACAAGAAUCUUCAGUGGGCUCGAGAUGUGUUGCUAGGCAGCAGUCUCCCAUGGCAGCAGCUGAAGCACAUGCCGGCACAGGGCCUCUUCUGCGAGAGGAACAAGACCAAUUUCUUCAACGGAAUCUGGCGCAUCCCCGUGGAUGAAAUCGAUCGCCCAGGUAGUUUUGCCUCUCACAUGAACCGCUCCAUUGUCCUUCUGCUCAGCGUCUUGUCACAGCUCAAGGAUUACACGACCCUGCUGAAAGUCUCAUCUAUGCUGCAGAGGACCCCCGACCAGGGAAAGAAAUACUUGCGGGAUGCGGACCGCCAGGUUCUUGCCCAGCAUGCCUUUGCUCUCACGGUGACUGUACUGGAGGACACGCUGAGCCAGCUCACAGAGGUCUCCGAAGAUCAAGACUCCACAUGCUGCAGCCUUUUGGUGGCCAGAAUGACCACAGAUGUCUCUAACAAAUCCAGUUCUGAGGAAGGACAGGAAGCUCUCCCCCAGAAGGCAGCCUUGUCUGAUGUGGGGGUGGCAGCAGUGUAUGGUGCGGAGAACGGGGUGAAAGAGGUGGCCCAGGGACAGGCUCCCACCCCCAUGGAGACUGUGGGGGAGCCCCAAGAGGCAAAACUAGAGAGAGAAGCCAAGGAGCUGUCUCAGCCAGGCUCAACAGAGACCAUGGAUUUGGAUGGGUGUUCUGAUGACCCUGAAAAAAUGUGUCCUUCCUAUAAAUGCACAGAGUCAGCCCAAGGGCUGCCUGGCAGGAUUGCUAAGGACAAAACCUUAGAGAGCAGCCGGACGGCAGAACUUUCUCUGGAGGACCUGAGCAUCAGCUCUAAGCACCAACAGCUGGAGGCGGUGGAAGUCCGAGUCCAGGCAGCUCCAGCAGAGGAAAUUAGCCAGAGGCCAAACAGGAAGAGGAAGUUGAUUGAUGAUACAGAGUCAGGGAAGACCCUCCUCCUGGAUGCUUAUCGCGUGUGGCAACAAGGCCAGAAGGUCAUGACCUACGACCUGGGCAAGAUCGAGAAGAUCAUGUCUGAGACGUAUAUGCUAAUUAAGCAAGUGGAUGAAGAAGCAGCUUUGGAACAAGCUGUCAAGUUCUGCCAGGUGCACGUAGGCGCCUCUGCACAAAAGCAAUCCACAGGAGAGGUGCCGACUACUCCGAAGCACCCAAGAGACAGCAAAGAGAGUUGCUUCCUCCCAGCUGCCACCCCCACCUCCCUGGCGCCUCCUGCGGGGGCUACAUACUCCCCAGCUUCAGAGGCCCUUCUGAGAGCAGCGGCUGACCUGCAUGCCAAGCCCAAGACAGCCUCUCCCCCCUCCUCCUCCUCCUCUGCUUCCUCCUCCUCUUCCUCUGCCAGCGUCCUGCUGUUGCCACCCCAGGAGCAAGCUGGGGGAGAGGCCCGCGCCGUCAUGUCCAGCCUCGCAUGUGAGGAGGAGGAAGAGGAGGAGGAAGAGGAGGAAGGCAAGCUAGACCGGCCUCUAGAAGGACUAGGCUUGCAGCAGCAGCAAGAGUCUCACCUCUGCCAGCAAAUGAAGAUGGCGACGGUGGCCCCUUCACCCAGCCCCACGCCCUGGCCAGAGGGGCUGGAGCCUGUGACCAGCACCAGCUCAGAAGGGCAGGGCUGUGGCCGAGCUUCCAGCUCGAAGGCUCACCUCUGCUCUGUAGCGCAGCAACCCUUGGGCAGCCAGCCAGGCAAGGCCGACAGCAGCCAAGUGAAGCCCCACCGUGUCCUGCCCAGCAUGCCAAAGCUCUUCAUCCCCUCUUCUGUUACCAAGUUCCCCCCCGAGAUCACCGUCACCCCACCAACCCCCACCCUCCUGUCUCCCAAGGGCAGCAUUUCGGAAGAAACGAAACAAAAGCUAAAGUCUGCUAUUCUUUCAGCCCAGUCUGCAGCAAAUGUGAAGAAAGAGAGUCUUUGCCAACCAGCCCUGGAAAUUGUGGAGACCUCAAGCCAAGAGUCCUCCCUGGAGAGCGAUACUGAUGAAGAGGAUGACUACAUGGACGUCUGAUGGACGCUGCAGGGCUGACCCCUCCCUCCUUCCCUUCCUCUGGCUUCUCGUUCCAGCAUCAUGGCCAGCCACCAUCAGUUACCACCUUCCCCGGUGCUGUCUCUACCGUUGCCUUUAAUUCCUCAAGCAGUUUCUGGGCAGCCCCCUCCCCAGCCAAAUCUGCCCUCACAGCCCCCAGCACCUCCUCCCUCAGUUCCUCCUCUCUCAGUUGGCGGCUUUUACAGGAGGCAGAAUUUGGCUAGGUGGCUGAGCAGAGAGAGAUCUGCCUCUCUUGUUACUUUCAGAAGAACAAUUGCUUAUUUAUCUCAGUGUUGUCUUAAAACCACCAGAUGGAAAAGACUGCUGGCCAUCUUACAGCUCUUCAGGGGUCCUUGGACAGGCUGCUUAGGCCAACAGGAUAUCUUUGGUCUUACUGAGAAAAAGAUUUCAGUACCAUUUUGGUAAUGUCUGCUUUUUACAGAAUGACACAAAAAGGAGUUUAUGUUUUGUUUUUCUAUGUUUCUGUGUAGGAGUUGGUCACAUUUAUAUGAGGGAAAUAAAGGAAAUGAAGCAUU